UAUCAUAUACGUGAAUAUGUAUAUAUGUGCGUAGAAAUUUUUGUCCAUCGGACCAUCCGUAUUAAUUUUAGUUUUUCCGACCGCGUUUUUUCCCCCGUCGCAUUCUCACGUCGGUAGUCCCGUUGUUCGUUGCAGGACUGAGAGGAGAUGCGCUCGCUCGUUCGGCUGUCUGCACGCAUCGACAUAUUUCUCAACUUUUGUAAUUUUUUUUUUCUUUUACUCGAACUCCCGUCGUUAUUGCCGCGCGCGAGAUCACCAUACACGAAGACUUGCACAAUCCCGUCGUUGCAUACUCACAGUGUACGACCUAUACGAGAACACAACGUUUAAUAUUAUACAAUCAUUUUCUUGUACCAUAUUGCAGUGCAUUAUAACAUGAAAUGGUAUCGGAAGGGUGGCAAGAACAGGAGGCAACUGCAGCAAGAUCGACCGGCGUCCGUGCACCGUCAACAGUCUUUGGGCCGAUUGCAGUACUGGUACAAUCACAAACCGGUAGUGACUGUCGAUCAGUUGCACAAGUAUCGACGGAAGGAGUUUGGGACCGGACCUGACGGGGUUGUCGCGCCGCCACCACAGCCUCCGAUCAGCUUAUCGGCCAGCCCGUCAUUUGACACCGAAUACAGGUGCCAUUUCGAACCACCGUACCGGACGGCUGAGGAAAUGAGCGUCAACAGGCGGCACGCAGCAGUGCCCAAAGACGAGCUGCAGGUGGAGGGUGAUGCUGAAUUCAGCGCUGAAUACGCCGAACGGUACCAAGACGGUCCCAGAGAGCGGAAUGUGGCUGCCCGGCAGGGAAGUCACAUUGGGCCGUUUGUGUGCGCAGACGACCCGGCACCGGAAGGCGUCGGCGCCCAGUCCGAACAGCACGACCAGUAUGUGCCACAUCCGGACGGUCGGCGGGCAGACAACUUGCGACCGGGUACUGGGCUGAGGGUGGACGAGGGGUUGAUGGACGGCGAGACCGAGCAAAUGGCCAACUAUCGCAAGUAUCCGGUUACCCCGCAUCCGGACGUCACCGAACAAGACCAGAACGAAGGAACUACGCCGAAGAAGUCAAGUAGUCCAACCACAAGACGGCAGCCGUUCGAUGAGAGUAUGAAGGAAAUGGUCUUGACCCGGGACAGCGGCAUGCUGCUUCGGCCCGCGCGGUUUAUCGCCGUCGCCGGUGGACAGCCCCGAACCGAACGUCCCAGACGCAUUGUAAAAAGACCGGAGUUCCGUCUGGAAGUAGUGGACUGCACAACUAGUGGCGAUGCAAAGAAGGUCGAUCGGACGGACGCGUUCGUGGUGCUGCUGGAUAACGACGAUUUGCCAUUGCCGUCAGGAAAUUUCGUCAAUGGUGGAAAUAGGUGGGUGAAGAGGAGACAACGUAAAAUGGGCACUGUGCGGUUUUUCGAUGACAGACUAGCUCGUUUUCCGGCCACCGGAAAAACUAUACAGUAGUCACGACGACCAUAAUUUAUAACACCUAUUUAAACUUAAAUCUUCGUCCGCGUCCGUUCACCCAAGAGAUCCACGUGCACGUCCAUUGAAUAAUAUAUUUUUGCAAAUACCUAUAGACGCAGCUCAUCAUUAAAAUGUCCAAUUGUAUUAUUACGUUGAUCGUAUAAUGUUGUAAUGAUGUACAACAAUGCACCGAUGUCGAAUCCCACACGAAAUCAUUUACUGUCAUUCCAGGUUUAUGUAAUAUAGCUAUACAGACUUACAGGCGUUAGUACACUUUGAUUUUAUGUCGAUUUCCCCAGUAUUUUGUUUUUUUAAAUAAAAGUCUGCCAAAAACCA